CUCUAACGUCAUGUCCGGUGGCGAAAAUUAUUAAUUAAUUCCCAGACUUCAGAAAAAUGUCGAUAAGAUUGAACGACGAGGCCAUGCGACAAUUCCGGGUGGCCAAGGUUUUCCAGGAGACGGAGGAGCAGAAGCUCUCGCUGGACUUCUCCCGCGACGGAUUCCUUCUGAUGGCCUGCGACCACUCCGCCCUCUCGAUCUUCAGCAGCACUCGACAGGAGGUGCUCUGCCAGGUGCACAUGCACCACUACCUGCCCGAGGUGGCCUGCUUCACCCGGCAGGACACUCGCGUCCUGCACUCCGCCUCAAAGUACGACUACAACAUACGUUGCCUGGACCUCGAAACACGCAGUUGCCUCCGAGUUUUCGGUGGUCACCAGAAAAGUGUCCACAGUUUGGUUUGCCUCCCGGGAAAGGAGAACGUGUUCCUUAGUGUCGGACGGGAUGACGAGGUCUACAUGUGGGAUAUCCGCUGCUCGAAGCACAUGCAUCACCUGAAGCACCGGCGGAAUCCUCUGUGCGCCUUUGAUCCUGACGGAUUGGUCCUGGCCACCAGUACGGAUACGGAAUGCAUCGAGAUCUUCGACGUGAGGAAGCUGGGCGAUCGGCCGUGCUCGAAGUUCGCCUACCAGGUGAACGACAAUGCCAAGUGGACCCAGCUGCAGUUCGCUCCGGAUGGAAAGACCCUGCUCCUCGGCACGGAUCACUCCUGGUGCUUCAGUGUCUCCGCUUUCGACGGGACGUUCCAGCAGUCCUUCACAGGAUACGAGAACCGGUCGAGGCUGCCACUGGAGGCCACCUUCACUCCGGACUCGCAGUUCGUGCUUUCGGGAGCGGACGAGGGCAGGAUUCACGUUUGGCGAGCCAGCGAUGGGUAUCCUGUGGCCGUCCUAGAAGGGAACAAUGUGGGUCCUGUGCGAUGUCUGCGCUUCAAUCCGCGAGCCACCAUGUUCGUGAGCAGCGAUCUGCUGAUCGCCUUCUGGAUGCCCAUGGCGAAUGGGGUCUACGAUUGGGUGGAGCGACUGGAGCCGGGCGAAACGGUCUCUUUCAAGGAGGAAGAGGAGCGGGUAGUACCUGUCGUCAAGUCCAUAGAAGUUCCCAAGGCCAUUUCCAUGCCCAAGCCCUUUGUGGAUGUGGAGCUGGUGAGGAGGAGAUUGAACAGGAAAAGAAUUCGCUCCGAAGUUUUCAAAGUAGAUUCUACCAAAAGAGAAGAUCAAGAGAAGGACUCCCUUGAAGAGGGGGAAAUACCCGAUGACUAAGACUUGUAGGGAUCUUUCUUGAGAAUAAAUGUAAGAAUAUCAAUCAACUGGCUCUCGGCCAAAAGUUGGCAGACCA